AUGAAGCCAAGCGGUUGGUCCUUGACGGAACUAAAAAACGACAAAUAUGUCGACACUGGUUACUUUUUCAACCUCAGUGAAUUUAUUUUCGGAAUCUUUCCGAAUCCACUUGAGAGGUUUCCUUCACUGAAGGAAGGGGUGGACCUUGUGACAUAUUCAUAUCGUCCCGUGAGAAACUAUCCUGGCGCAACCUUGGAUGAUUUGGUGACUUUUAAGAUCAAUGUGAAGAAAGACAAGUCGGUGUAUCUUUAUAAAAUCAAAAUCAAGCUUGUGAAGCAACAGGUUCAAGUCAAUCCUGGAGGAACGAAUAUGAUCAAAACUGAGUCCUGGACGCUAUUGUCAAAACUGACGAGCUUACGUUACGGUGAAGGUUCUUUUCUGAUUCCUGGAGACGUCAUCCUGUGCAAGGUACCAUAUCUUGAGCCUUCUGUAUAUUCCAAUAGUCUUGUCAUUGGCUUUUGGAUCCUUAUCACAGUGGAUUGUACCGUGAACAAGGAAAAAGACAUUCAUUUGAGCAAUGACUUUGCAAUAUUUACGGCGAAAGAAGAUAAGAAUUUUCUUAGCAUCACUCCGCCGCCUUAUGAAACUGAUGAGAAGAAGAAAUGGCUUAUCAUUGGACAGGUAAGGUUAUACGAGGAGGAAUUACCGAGUAAUUAA